CAUACCAACAUACCACACAGAAAAUGCAGACAAAAGGCAUGCAUGACACAGUUAAACUCAACCAAAGGAAUUCAAGCAUGUUCCCCAAGGUUGCAGAGCUUCUCGAUGUUUGUUGGUUUGGAAUCAAUGGGAGGAUUAGUACUUGCAAGCUUUCUUCAAUGACACAUUAUAAGGCAUACCUUGUGUUCAAGCUGUCAGCCAGAGUUUAUGGAUUUAGAAAUAAACCUAUAAAAGCUACUAUUCUACUUAGUGGCACUGAAGUUUCACAGCAAACUGUGAUUCUGCAUUCAGUAGUUGAAGAUGUACGAAAUGAUUACCAGUACCCAAUAGAGAGGCAAGAUGGUUGGUUAGAGCUAGAGUUGGGUGAAUUCUUCAAUGAAGGAGGUGAAGAUGGCCAAUUGGAAAUACAAA